UUGUAAACUUCCUGUACACGAACUAGUCUAAUGUUGGCAUAUUUUUCAUGUUUACGCAUUCAAAUUAAUAGUGAAUCAGUUUUCGAGAGAAAAAAUGACAAAAGUAGUAUUUCUUCAUCCUGAUCUAGGGAUCGGUGGCGCAGAAAAGGCUGUGAUAGACGCUGCAAUAGCUUUGAAAUCUAGGGGACAUAAGGUGGAAUUUGUGACAGCUCAUCACGAUCCGUCCCACUGUUUUCAGGAAACGAAAGAUGGCAAUCUGAAAGUGACAGUCGCUGGAGACUGGUUGCCACGAAGCGUUUUUGGACGCUUUUAUGCAUUAUGUGCUUACUUCCGGAUGAUAUAUGCUGCCAUUUUCCUUGUAUUUUUCAGUGACAUUUCGUAUGAUGUAAUAUUUUGUGACCAAAUCUCUGCUUGUUUACCUGUUUUACGAUGUUCCAAUGCUAAGGUGAUAUUUUAUUGUCACUUCCCAGACAUGCUUUUGGCUAAGCAUGAUAGUUUUCUCAAGAAGAUUUACAGAGCACCAAUAGAUUUAGUGGAGGAAUGGACAACUGGAAUGGCACAUUGCAUCUUAGUAAACAGUAAAUUUACAGCUUCUGUCUUCAAGAAAACAUUCAACAGUUUGACAAGAUGUAGCCCAGCUGUUUUGUACCCAAUACCAGACUUCUCAGCAUUUCAAAAGCCUAUCGAACCGCCAACUGACAAUCUGCUGCCUUCUCACAAAAAAAUGGUGUUUCUUUCUAUCAACAGAUAUGAAAGGAAAAAGAAUCUUGCUUUGGCUGUACAAGCUUUUGGUCAGUUAAAAGAGAGAAUUUCAAAGUCAGAAGGAGACAGCAUUCAUCUUGUAAUGGCCGGAGGUUACGAUGAAAGAGUUACAGAAAAUAAAGAACAUUACCUAGAGCUUCGGCUUCUUUGUGAAAAACUUGGCAUCACAGAUGAUGUUACUUUCCUUCGCUCAAUUAGUGACUCUCAGAAACGGACUCUUCUCAAUCAUUGUGACUGUCUGUUGUACACUCCUGACAAAGAACACUUUGGUAUAGUUCCAAUAGAGGCAAUGUUCAUGAGAUGCCCAGUAAUAGCCUGUAACAGUGGAGGCCCACUUGAAACAGUUGUUGAUGGUAAAACAGGCUUUCUCAGGGAGGGUAGGCCAGAUCAGUUUGCAGAAGCAAUGGAGCGAAUUGUUGAUGAACCGGAGUUAUCAAAAACAAUGGGUGAAGCUGGAAAAAAACAUGUUGAACUAAAAUUCUCCUUUAAAACCUUUACUGAUCAGUUGGAUAACAUUGUGCUUGACUUGAUCAGCUAAUUAAUGCAUUCAUAUCUUUAAUAAUAGGAAAUAUGAUAUGUGCAAAGAAAUUAUGCAGAUAUUGUGAAUCUCUUUUAAUACCAUCUAAAGGAUUUGUAAUAACUUAGUUUCAAUUAAUAUGUAUGAAAAAGUAGAAUGCUAGUUUAAGAAUACUACAAACAAAAAAACAUGCUCUCAUUUUGUUAUCUGAUCACUUCAAACAGAAUUUACAUACACUGUUAUCAUAAUUCAAGUGUAAGAAUAUUUAUUCCCCCCGAAAGGAGGCCUUAAGUUUUCACACUGUUCCUCUGCUCUCUCUUUUUUAUACCCCCAACAAACGAAGUAUAUUUAGGGAUGUGAUUUGUCCGCGAAUUCGCGGAAUUCCGCGGAUCUUAUGGCCCAAGAGACCCCCCCCCCCCCGAAAAAAAAAUAAAAAAAAUAAUAUUUUUUUUACCUGAAAAAAAAUAUUUGGUUGCUUUCAGUUGUUUAAGUUAAUAUUCCAGUAUGCUUCAAAUUUAAAGUCAGGAGAGCCCUCAAAAGAGCUUCUAAAAAGCCUUCUUCUACAGCAGUGCGCUUUUGACCCAAAGAGCGCCCCAUAAACACAUAGCCGAAAAUGUUUCAGCCCUCCGGCUGCCAGGUCAAUCACAUACCUGAUAUAGUCACCCUGUGGUCGGUCGGUCCUUUGGUCGGUUUGUCAGUCGGUCCGUUGCAAUUUCCUUGUCCGGAGCUGGAUGGAAUUGGAUUAAACUUCAUUCAAUGAUAGAGCAUGAGAGGAAGUGCAGUGUACAAUAACCAUAACUCUAUUCUUGCUUAUUACUGAGUUAUUGAUUUUUGUUACUUUUUUUUGUCCGGAGUAUAACUUGAAAAGAACUGGAUGGAUUUCAUUGAAACUUAAUACAAUAGUAAAGCACAAUGAGAGGAAGUGCAGUGUUCAAGAACCAUAACUGUUCAGCUUAUUACUGAGUUAUUGCCCUUUAUUUGUGUUUUUUGCUGUCAAUUUUAUUUCCAGACAUUAACUUGCAAACUACUAGAUGGAAUUUUUUAAAACUUCAUACAAUGGUAAAGCACAAUGAGAGGAAGUGCAGUGUACAGGAACCGCAAUUCUAUUUCAGCCAAUUACAGAGUUAUUGCCCUUUGAUACUUUUUUCUUGUCCAGAGCAUUACUUGAAAACUAUUGGAUGGAAUUUAAUUAAACUUCAAACAGUGAUAGAUCCUAAAGAGAGGGAGUGCAGUGUACAAGAACCGCAAUUCUAUUUCAGCUUAUUACAGAGUUAUUGCCCUUGGUUACUUUUUCUUGUCCGGAGCAUAACUUGAAAACUAUUGGAUGGAAUUUAAUAAAACUUCAUACAGCGAUAGAUCAUAAUGAGAGGUAGUGCAGUGUACAGGAACCACAAUUCCAUUUCAGCCAAUUACAGAGUUAUUGCCCUUUGUUACUUUUUUCUUGUCCGGAGCAUGGAUGGAAUGUAAUGAAACUUCAUACAGUGAUAGAUCCUAAUGAGAGGGAGUGCAGUGUACAGGAACCGCAGUUCUAUUUCAGCUAAUGACAGAGUUACUGCCCUUUGUUACUUUUUCUUGUCCGUAGCAUAACUUGAAAACUAUUGGAUGGAAUUUAAUAAAUCUUCAUACAGUGAUAUAUCAUAAUGAGAGAAAGUGUAGUGUACAGGAACCGCAAUUCUAUUUCAGCCAAUUACAGAGUUAUUGCCCUUUGUUACUUUUUUCUUGUCUGGAGCAUAACUUGAAAACUACCGGAUGGAAUGUAAUAAAACUUUAUUCAAUGGUACAGCACAAUGAGAAGGAGUUCAGUGUACAUGAAUCACUACACUUUUUUAGCAAAUUACAGAGUUAUUGCCUUUUUCUGUGUGUUUUUUUGUCAAACUUUUGUCCGGAGAGUAACUUGAAAACUACAAGAUGGAAUAGCAUAAAACUUCAUACAAUGAUAGAUCAUAAUGAGAGGCGGCGUUCGGGGGUAUUAAUCACCUUCAGUGAUAGCUCUAGUUUCUUUCUGGUUAUCCAAUUAUUUUAGCCAUAUUUUUAAUUAUUAAUGGUAAUUCAACCAAUACCACAAACUUCACAAAAUUAUAGAGCAUUGAGAAGGUGUGACACACAAUCAUACAAUUCUUGCACUCAUCUCAAAGGUCAAGGUCACACUAGGUGGUCAGUGUUGCUCAAUAUGGGUUUUAUUGCAAUACGUUUGUGUUAGACAGAACUUCUUUACCAUUAAUUGGAAAUCAAACUUCACAUAAUUAUUGAGCGUAAAUUUCUUGCCAUCAUAUCAAAGGUCAAUGAUGCACAAUAUGGAUUUCAUUGCAAUACUUUGUGUCUCAGAGUUAACUUUUUAAGAAUUUAUGGGAAUUUGAUCAAACUUUAAAAGAAUUGUAUAGCAUCAUUUAAAGCAACUGUGCUCCAGAUGAUCAAUUUGCAAGAAAAAAAGAAAAUUGUCGAAAACUGCCAUAAACUUGGUAUUAAUGUGUACAAUGCAUUGAAACUUACUAACUGAAGUGCUAUGUCAGCCGAUUAGAGUAAGCCUUCGUUGCUCAGUUGAAACGACGCUGGACUACUAUUUUGGCGACACAGGUUCGAACCCGGUCUCCGACACAUUUUCAAAGCGAUAUCAAAUUUUAUUAAAUAAUUGUCCUGAGAUUUGUUACAGAAAAAAACUUUUUUUGGUGCCAAUCUGGUGUAAAGUCCCUUUAAAGCUACACUCUCACAGAUUGAACGUUUUGACAACUUCUUUAAUUUUUGUCUUGAAAUGAGCCCAUUAUUGCGAAAAUGCAUGGACACCAGUUAUAUAAGACUGCUGACAAAAAUUAGAUCACAGAUUUUUAUAUUUAAGUUCAAAAAUUGAUGUUUUUAUGCCAUAAAACAUUCAUUUUCGAACGGAAAUAUGAAAAUCUGCGAUCUGAUCUUUUGUCAGCAAUCUUUUAUCAUCGGUUUGCAGAUAUUUACACAAAAAUCUGCUCUUUCCAAGUCAAAAAAUAGUUGUAAAAAAGGUAUAUUUGUGAGAGUGCAGCUUUAAGAGUUCGAUGGGAAAGUGUGUUGCACAUAAAAUUUCACCGCAAGGUCACACUUGGAGGUCAGUGUUGCACAAAAUAGAUUUCAUUGCAAUACUUCAUGUAUCAGCUAUAACCUUUUAACUAUUAAUGAAAAAAUAUUCAAACUUCACUUAAUUGUAAAGCAUCAUAGGGAGGUAUGCCUCAUCUUAAAGGUAUCAAAUGAAGGUCAAUGAUGCACAAUACAGAUUUUAACGUCAUCCAAAACUAAUCCAUUAAUGGGAAUUUAAACUUCCAAGAAUUGUACAGAAUAACUUUCUUACAAUAAAUGCGAUUAUAAAAAGACCUUCUUUUCAACAUAAAUAUCAUGUAAUACAUACAAAUGGCCAUCAAGCAGACACAAGCUAAUCAGGGACAUUUAUGUGUCAUCUCUUGUUAGUUAACAUUAUCAUGUAUAAAAACAUUUUUUUGUUAUUUUGAUAUAUCACAUGUAUGAGGGCCAUGUAAAAAGUAUAUAAACUUUAUUUAUAACUCGUCAAAAUAUUUGAGAUUUUCUAAAGAUUUUUUGUGGCAUUUAUGACUUCCUGUCUAUGGCUUUGCACAGGGUUGUCAAAACCAACUGACAUAUUCAAACAAAAGGAUAUUCUGAGCACAAAUCAACUUGGGGAACAAAGACAUAUGACUUAUACACACACAAACCUGAAGUUAUGAUAAAUAACAUGAAUACAUCUAGUUAAUUCAUUAAAACAUUAUUUUCCUCAAACUUUUUCUCCAUUUAUGAUGACAGGAUAAAAACUCUUAUUUGACUGAAGUCAAAAUAUUAUCAAAAUGCAACUUUAAAGAUAAAUGGAGGUCAUUUGUGGUUGUUGGGUUGCUCUGCUUGUUCUACCAAUAUAAUUGCAUCAAUCAUAAUACAUGUACUGAAAUGAACUAUUAAGAGAUGAGAUUUGUGUUGUAUAAAUAAAAUUAAAAAUUAAUGUUUAAAGCCUACAUAUAUAGCCUGUAUUUAUUGUUUUCUUGAUAGAUUUAUUAAUAAAUUGUAAUUGGGGACA